AUGCGCGUUUCUCUUUUGCUCUCGCUGCUGGCUGUAUUGCUCCUGGCCAGCACUCAGCUGGUCUCUGCUCAGCGAGAGUGGUCCAAGGAUGACAUAGAGAUCUUUCAACUUCAGUCCGCGCUUGAGAAAGCUGAAGGGCCUGGUACAACUUUCUACUCGAUCAUGAACCUCACCAAGAGCGCUACCGCUGCUGCGAUCAAAAAGAAUUACAGGCUGAGAAGCAUGGAGCUGCACCCAGACAAACAUCCCGAAGAUCCGAAAGCGAGCGAGAGGUUCAAGCGCUUGGGCUUGGUCAACAAAAUUUUGCGAGAUGAGCGAAGAGACAGCCAUGGAUUUCCGAAGUGGCGUAGCCAAGUAGGCGGACUUUCAGGCUUCUACUACUCUCGUUGGAGACCAGGACUGGCGUUUGCCAUCGCUGUGGUCGUUCUGGUCACCUGCGUCUUGCAGCACAUCAUACAGCGCAUCAACUACGAGCGCGACACGAAGCGUCUGGAGCUCUUGACCGAGCACGCAAAGCUUCAAGCAUGGGGACCUUCGUUCCGAUCCAAGCCCAACGGGGUCAGACCUGAGCGCAAAGUACGAGUACCUCUCCAAGUAGACCCUCUGCCGGCGUACAACGCCGAUCCGAUCGAGGAAGAGAGGACCUUGAAGAAGCUCUUGGCGCGAGGUUUGCCCGAGGGUCCUAAAGUGGACAUGAAGAUUUCCGAAAGCGGACUUUGGUUGGGGGAUGGAGAAGGCAAUUGGGAAGAGAUUGGAACGCACAAGCUGGAGGUGCCUAGCGCGUCCACUUUGUGGCCUGUCAAGCUGCUUCGAAGAAUCACGGGCCCUCCUUCGGGAGCCGGCAAGUCCGCGGAAAAGGCAUACGAUGAAGCUUCGGGUGCGGCUGUGGCCGUUUCGAAGAGUGGCAAGAAGAGCAGCAAGAAGGAGUAG